AUGGUACAAGAAUAUGACAUGAACGCACCCCCUUAUGCUCCAUUUUUCGGAGUAAUGGGCGUGACUGCAUCUAUGGCAUUUUGUGCUCUGGGAGCUGCUUAUGGCACCGCUAAAUCUGGAACGGGCGUCUCCGCUAUGGCGGUGAUGCGUCCUGAGCUGGUGAUGAAGUGUGUGAUUCCGGUGGUGAUGGCGGGUAUCGUGGGCAUCUACGGCCUGGUGGUGGCGGUCAUCAUCUCCCAGGACAUCUCCUCAGAAGACUACACACUCUACAAAGGUUUCAUUCACCUUGGAAGUGGCUUAAGUGCGGGCUUGAGCGGCAUGGCGUCAGGGUUUGCCAUAGGUAUCGUUGGAGACACGGGCGUUCGAGGCACAGCCCUGCAGCCGGCCGUCUACACCACCAUGGUUCUGAUGCUCAUCUUCGCUGAGGUGUUGGGGCUGUACGGACUUAUUGUAGCCCUAAUUCUUACAUUUAAAUAA